GAGCGAGAAAACGAGAGAGAGAAAGCGAGCGGCAACAGAUAGAUCACUGCGUUUCUUCAGAGAGCCUCGAGAGCUCGGAGAAGGAACUUCGAAUUAGGGUUUCAGAAGAAUUUCGUUUCUGAAGCGGUAGAGAAGGAAAACAGUCGGUUUUGGGAUUGGAUUGAGGAGUUUUCCAUUGAUUGAUUGCCUAACUAGGGUUUCAUAGUUUGAUUUCUGCGUAGGGUUUGUUUGUCUGGUCAGGAAUUGAUUGCCUUAGGGUUUUCUGGGUUCCUUUCGGAGGAGCAGAAAAUUCGGUGGCUCGGGUGAUGUGAGAAGCCGUUCCGUGUCGGUUCUAGGGUUUCAAUGGGGAGCACGGGAGAGCCUGACCGGAAACGCCGCCAUGUUAGCUCCAUAUCCCCUACGGCCGCUGCAGCAAAGAAGCAGCACUUUUUGCCCAUCUCCGAGGACAAAAAGCUCGACAUUGCUGUUCUUCAAUAUCGAAAUGAAAAGCUAAUACAGAAGUUGGAGACACAGAAAGUUGAGUAUUUGGCUCUCGAGAAUAAAUUCUCUCAGCUGAAGGAGAAACAUCAACCAUAUGAUUCCACAUUAACAGUUGUCAAAAAGUCUUGGGAAAAGCUUGCUCAUGACUUGGAAUCGUGUUCAAUCCGUACAAGAGAGACAAGCUGCAAGCAGGAUGUUGAUUGUCAGUCUAUCAUGGGGGAUGGAGUGCAGUCUACUUUUCAUGAGGAAUUUCUCAGUCGACUUGCAGAAACAGGUGCAACUGAAAGUUCAUCAAUGCGUAACUCCUUUAAUCAGAUGGAAGGUGACGGAGAAACAGCCUAUGAAAAUACUAUGAACAGCUUAAAUAAUUUCGUAGCUGCAAUUGAUAAUCUGUGGUGUCAAAAGGAUGGAUUACAUGCCGCAGUGUUGAAAAAGGUUCCAGGAGAUGAAGACCUACGUGCUUGCCGGCGAAAUACAGAAAGCAUUCUUGAAGCUAGGACUUGGAGGUCGGCAUUUAUUGCUGCUUUUCUGAAGCAUAAAUCACUUUCAAGGGAACUGCAGAGCCAUCAAGAUAUUGAUGCAAAGAAUAAAGCUAAGCUUAGACGUUUAAGAGGAGAGUUGCAAAGUACAAUAGCUGAAUUAGAAGAGAACAGUUGCAAACUGGCAACUCUCAAAGCACAGAGAGAUGCUGCAAAAGGGGCAGGCUUCCCUAUCUUAAAUUUAGGGAGCAAGCAUGUUAGUGGUGAUAAAAUCAGAGAUAAAGUGAAAGAUUUACAAGAUAUGGAGUCUGCUCUCAAAGAGCUAAUGGAUCAAGCUUCUUGUCGGCUUAUGGAAAUAAAAGGUCUUCAUGAGGAGAGGAUAAGAAUAUUGCAGAAGUUAUCUAGUAUGCAGAAUAAAUUGAAGAAUGUGGCGUGUAUUUCCUCUUCCCAAGCCUACCUCUUGGUGAGAGAUCAAAUUGAAAAGUCAAAAUCUGAAGUCAUUAAGUAUCAAGCCUUAUACGAGAAACUACAGGCUGAGAAGGAUAGUCUUGUCUGGAGGGAAAGGGAACUAAAUGUUAAAAGUGAUGUAAUUGAUGUUCUUCGAAGAUCUUCUGCAAUUGUUGAUUCAAAAUCAACAGAUCUCAGGAUAGAAAUACAAAAACAGAUUGAUGAAAGAAAAAUGAUUGAAACAAAGCUGGAUCAGGCUUCAAGAGAACCUGGAAGACAAGAAAUUAUAGCAGAAUUUAAGGCCUUGGUGUCUUCAUUUCCUGAGGAAAUGGAAACCAUGCAAGGUCAACUACGUAAAUAUAAGGAGACUGCUGCAAACGUUCAUUCUUUGCGGGCUGAUGUGCAGUCUCUUUCUAGCAUUCUUGACAGGAAGGUGAAAGAGAGUGAAACUUUAUCUGCUAGAUCGACAGAUCAGAUUGCUGAGAUACAGAAAUUGCAAAUCAUGGUCCAAGAUUUAAAAGAGAGUGAUUCGGAGUUGCAGCUUAUCCUUGACAUGUUUAGACGUGAAUCCACUGAUUCAAGAGAUGUCCUGGAAGCUAGGGAUUUGGAAUACAAGGCAUGGGCUUAUGUUCAAAGUUUAAAGUCCUCCCUUGAUGAGCACAACUUGGAAUUACGAGUCAAAACAGCAAAUGAAGCCGAGGCCAGAUCUCAACAAAGACUAGCUGCUGCAGAAGCUGAGAUUGCUGAUCUAAGACAGAAGUUGGAAGCUUCCAAAAGGCAUCUUUUGAAACUUGCCGAUAUGUUAAAAUCCAAAAAUGAAGAAAACGAAGCGUACUUGUCUGAAAUUGAGACAAUUGGACAAGCAUAUGAUGACAUGCAAACUCAAAAUCAACAUCUGUUGCAGCAGAUUACUGAGAGAGAUGACUAUAACAUUAAGCUUGUUUUAGAGGGUUUAAGGGCAAAACAGGUGCAUGAUGCUUUACUUAUGGACAAAAGAACGUUGGAGAGGGAGAUUCAACAAGCCAAUCUAUCUGUUAAUUUUUAUGACAUGAAAGCUGCAAGAAUUGAAGAUCAGUUGAAAAUUUGUUCAGAUCAGAUUCAGAAACUUGUAGAAGAUAAGUUCCAAAGUUCUAUGACCAUGGAUACUACUCAAAAGAGAUUGUUAGACGUCAAAAAAUCAUCUGAGCAAGCUCGGGGGUCACUGGAGGAAUCACAAUCUAAAGUUGAAUAUAGUCGAGCGGCACUGUUGGAGCUUCAGAUAGAAGUGGAGAAAGAAAGGUUUGCAAAGAGAAGAAUUGAGGAAGAGCUGGAAGUUUUGAGGAGAAAGGCUUCACGACUUCGAGCCCAGACCGAAGGCUCAUCAAUUAUCGAAAAGCUUCAACAGGAACUUGGUGAAUAUCGAGAGAUACUCAAGUGCAGUAUCUGUCUUGACAGGACAAAACAGGUUGUCAUUACAAAAUGCUAUCACUUGUUCUGCAAUCCCUGUGUGCAACAAAUUAUUGAAACUCGUCACCGGAAGUGUCCAACAUGUUCCACAACUUUUGGGCCUAAUGAUGUAAAAUCUGUAUACAUCUGACAUGUGACCGAGGAAAAGUUCCUUCCUUGCUGGUUAAUGAGAUGAACAUCAAUGCCUUUAGCUGCAUGUGAUCCCGGUCCCAAGAUUUGAUAAUGUGUUGUUAUCUAGUGAACUGUAGAGAAAAUAUAAACUGGCAAUGAUUAGUCAGCCUUCCUGUCCCAAUCCCUCGUCCGCCAGUGCCAAUCAUCUGAGUUUUUGCUGGUACUGGUUCUAGGUUGUUGAUUUCACCAAUUUCUUUACUGUAAUUAUAAUGUUCUUUUUUUUCUUUUU